AGUGAAUAUCUUAAAAAAAUAAUAAUAUUAAUUAUAACUUUUUAUAAAACUGUGAUUUUAAAGUGCAUUAAGUGUUUAGUGAAUGAAACUUUUAUAUUUGUAAAACAGUGAAAAAAGCUGUAAAGUUCAUCAAGUUAAUUUUACGGAUGACUAGAAAGUUUUAAAACAAUUAAAAAAAUAUUUGUAAUAAAUCUAACAACUUAUAAUAAUUCGAGACUUAUUUACAAACAAUUUAUUGAAAAAUCGUUAUCAUCCAAACAACGUCAUCAUGUUCUCUCAAAGAAGCGGCAAUAGCAACACUUCAUCACCAUCCAGCAAUCCACCUCAGCAAGCACCAGUUAAGCAGCUUGGCAUGACAUCGGCCAUCUCAUUAGCUGGGCCUAAACCAGAAGACAUUCAGAAAACUGCGGAUUUGGAAAAGUUUCUUGAACCUUUUAAUGUCUUUGAAAAUGAAAAUGAACUCAAUCUUCGGAUGGAAAUCCUCGGAAAAUUGAAUGAACUGGUUAAGCAAUGGGUUAAAGAUGUUUCGAUUAGUAAGAAUAUGCCGGAACAAAUGGCUGAAAAAGUCGGAGGGAAAAUCUUCACAUUCGGAUCUUAUCGCUUAGGAGUUCACCACAAAGGCGCUGAUAUUGACGCGCUCUGCGUUGUUCCACGUACCGUUACAAGAGCUGAUUACUUCUCGUCCUUCUUCGAUCUCAUGAAACAGCAACCAGAAGUAACUGAAUGUCGCGCUAUUGAAGAAGCUUUUGUACCAGUCAUUAAAAUGAAAUUUGACAAGAUCGAAAUUGAUUUGCUCUUCGCUCGUUUGGCGUUGAAGGAAGUUCCCGACAAUUUUGAUCUCGGUGAUGCCAUGCUGUUAAAAAAUUUAGACCAAAGAUGCGUUAGAAGUCUGAAUGGUUGUCGCGUAACAGACGAAAUCGUUCGUUUAGUUCCAAACAUAGAAAACUUCAGGCUGGCUUUAACAACAAUCAAAUUAUGGGCCAAAAAACACGGAAUAUAUUCAAACUCUUUGGGCUACUUUGGAGGAGUAUCAUGGGCUAUGUUGGUCGCAAGAACAUGUCAACUCUAUCCAAAUGCAGCAGCAGCAACAAUCGUCCAUAAGUUCUUCUUAGUCUUCUCUCGCUGGAACUGGCCACAACCAGUUUUGCUUAAACGGCCUGAUACAAUCAAUCUUGGAUUUCCAGUUUGGGAUCCUCGCGUUACUCCAUCUGACAGAAAUCAUCUCAUGCCAAUUAUCACUCCAGCUUAUCCACAACAGAAUUCAACCUACAAUGUCUCUUCAUCGACGUCCAAAGUUAUUCAGAAGAAGUUCAUGGAAGGAAUUGAAAUAACAGACGAAAUAAUUCUUGGAAAUGCUGGAUGGGAGAAACUCUUCCAAACACCACAAUUUUUCACCAAAUAUCGACACUUUAUUGUUCUUCUGGUGAGUUCAACGUCAGCUGAUGAUCACUUGGCAUGGUGUGGAUUAGUUGAGUCAAAGAUUCGUAUUCUCAUCGGAACUUUGGAACGUAACAAACACAUUAAAUUAGCCCAUGUAAAUCCAAAGUCUUUUGAGAAAACAACAGGAGCAGCAAAGGAUAAUCAGCAAUCAACUUCAUCGCAAUCAGCAACUGGCAGUGAGAGUGGAGAUUCACAUGCAGAUUUCUGUUCGAUGUGGUUCAUUGGUCUUGAAUUUGAAGGCACUAAUCUCAAUGUCGAUCUCACUGCCAGUAUUAAAUCAUUCACAGAUCAAGUCCAUAAGCAAGCACGCAACAUAAAAAUGUUUAAGGAAGGAAUGAAAAUCGAAGCGCGAUAUGUCCGUCGUAAACAACUCGGUCAAUACAUCGACAGUAGCUAUGUGAAGCAUGAAAAAGCAUCACUUAAUAAUUCAGCAGCAUCUGAAACACAACUAGCCAAGAAACGUUCUGCAGCUGAGAUGGAACAACUGACGAAUAACCCAAAGCGUGCAAAGCUCCAAGAAUCUGUUAGUAUACUAGAAAAAUUUGACAGUGUUACAAAUGACUCUCAAAAUGACACAGUCUUAGAUGAUAGCUCACAAUCUAAAGCAUCUCCCCAACCACAAUUGUACACGUGACGAUCUGAUGAUAUAUUCAUAUGACCGAUGAACGCUUAGGAAUUGAUGAGGAUAAAUUUAAGGAUUAAAAGUGCAAUACAUUAAAAACAUUCAAACAUUUUCUUGAAAUUGAACACACUGUUCAUCUACAGGUUCAAUCAUAAUUCAUCAUUUUAACAACUAGAAAAAUAAUUUAUACAAAAAGUGACUUUUUUAACCGAUAAUGGAUCGAGACAAAGUAAAACAAACAAACAAAAAAUACAAAAUUUUAGCUACUUAUAAGUAAGAAUGAAGAAAUACAACAAAAAAAAUUAUAAAAUUAUUAAAA